CCCGUCCCCGGCCAUCGCAGCAGGCAUGGGCUGUUUCUGCGCGGUCCCUGAGGAAUUCUACUGCGAAGUUUUGCUCCUGGACGAGUCCAAGCUGACCCUGACCACGCAGCAGCAGGGCAUCAAGAAGUCAACGAAAGGGUCGGUUGUCCUGGGCUACGUAUUUCGUCACUUAAACCUGGUGGAAAUAGAUUACUUUGGACUGCGCUACUGUGACCGAAGUCAUCAAACGUACUGGCUGGAUCCCGCAAAAACCCUCGCUGAACAUAAAGAAUUGAUAAAUACUGGACCACCAUACACUCUGUAUUUUGGCAUUAAAUUUUAUGCAGAGGAUCCAUGUAAACUUAAGGAAGAAAUAACAAGGUAUCAGUUUUUCUUGCAGGUAAAGCAAGAUGUUCUACAGGGCCGUUUGCCUUGUCCAAUCAACACUGCAGCACAGCUGGGAGCAUACAUAAUUCAGUCUGAGCUGGGGGACUAUGACCCGUACAAGCACACGGCAGGUUACGUCUCUGAGUACCGCUUCGUUCCCGACCAGAAGGAAGAGCUGGAGGAGGCCAUAGAGCAGAUACACAAGACUCUGAUGGGUCAAGUUCCUGCUGAGGCAGAAGUGAACUACUUAGGUGUGGCAAAAUCUCUGGAAAUGUAUGGAGUGGAUCUCCAUCCUGUUUAUGGUGAAAACAAAUCUGAAUACUUUUUAGGAUUAACACCCAUAGGAGUUGUUGUCUACAAGAAUAAAAAACAAGUAGGAAAGUAUUUCUGGCCUAGAAUUACGAAAGUUCACUUCAAGGAAACACAGUUUGAGCUUCGAGUCCUCGGAAAAGAUUGCAACGAAACUUCCUUCUUUUUUGAAGCACGUAACAAAGUCACAUGCAAACAUCUGUGGAAAUGCUGUGUAGAGCAUCAUACAUUUUUCAGGGUGCCAGAGAAUGAAUCAAACUCUCUGUCAAGAAAAGCCAGGAAGUUUGGAUCCAUAGGUUAUAGGCAUCGGUACAGUGGCAAAACGUCUUUGCGGAUGACCAGAGACCCUUCUGUCCAGCUUCCGCGGCCUGACCAGAGCAUUGAAAGGAGUCGCAGCAAGACUUACCCCAAAAGAACACAGCAGACAGGUUCUAAGAACAUGAGCCAGAUUACAACAAAUGGGGAAAAUGAAGGAACUACCAAAAUUAUUGCACCUUCUCCAGUGAAAAGCUUUAAAAAGAUGAAAAACGAAAACAGUCCAGAAACACAAAGAAGCAAAACAGGUGCUCCAUGGGAAGAAAAUGGCCCACAGAGUGGACUGUAUAAUUCUGCCAGCGACCGCAAUAAAUCACCAAAGUUUCCCUACUCUCGCCGGAGGAACCCGUCUGGUGGCAGUGAGAAUGAGCCUGGGCAGCCGGUUCGGAGGAGGAAAAAUCAAAACAGUGGUGAAGAUUCAGAUUUAAAGCAAAGGAGAAGGUCACGGUCCCGUUGUAACACCAGCAGUGGCAGUGAAUCUGAAAAUUCCAACAGAGAGCAUCGGAAGAAGAGAAACAGGUUACGGCAGGAGAACGACAUGGUGGACUCGGCUCCUCAGUGGGAAGCGGUGCUGCGGCGGCAGAAGGGGAAAACCCCGGCGGACUCAAACUACCGGCGGUCCCGGCACAGAUCGCGAUCAAGAAGCCCAGAUGUUCAAGCUAAAGAAGAAUUGUGGAAACAUAUUCAGAAAGAGCUUGUGGAUCCAUCUGGCCUGUCUGAGGAGCAAUUGAAAGAAAUUCCAUACACUAAAGUAGAGACUCAAGGCGACCCCAUCCGCAUCCGGCACUCGCACUCCCCUCGCAGCUACCGGCAGUACCGGCGGUCCCAGUGCUCUGAUGGGGAGAGAUCUGUCCUGUCUGAAGUGAAUGUCAAAACUGAUCUGGUCCCUCCACUGCCUGUUACACGAUCUUCGGAUGGGAAAGGUCCCAGCAUCCACCUGAUUCAACAGAGGCAGAAUGGAUCUAAAGACAGCCUAAUAGAAGAACCAUCUCUGCUAUCCACCAAUAAUGUUGAUGGAAAACCUGCCACUAAGAUCGUAAAAACCGUACAGGUGUCACGCUUCAAGGUGGAGACUUGACUGAUGAAUUGAAGAUGGUUGAUGGGCUUUGGUCUUUGGAAAGUGAGAAUUUGUUUAUGUGUGCAAGGGAAGGAACUGAAGUCGACGUGGUGGUCUUGUCCUUCACGUGGCAGUGCAGCCUGCUUGCUGGGAAGACCAAGCAAUGGUUUUAUCACCAACAUCAUCCUAAUGGCGUGAGGCAACCAAAACCAAAAGUCUUUGCAAAACUGAAUGAUCAGCAGUUACAUUUCCAAAAAAUGAACAACAAUGAAAAAAAUUGCUGCAACAAAACAGGCUUCAUGGUCUGCUCUGUAACUGAAUAACCUUGUUCCAAGAAGUGACUGUUAACUGACAUCAUCAGGACCAGAUGCUUCUAGAUAAGUAAAAUAGUCAUAUUUUUGGUCAAUUGUGCAAUACAGUGUGAUAUGGGGAAAUUAUCUUCACAAUUUAUAUGGGGAUCGACUUAUGUCCUGAGACAUAAGGACAGAUAGCUCUUUCAAGGGCUAUUUUAGCCUAGCACAAAAACAGAUGCUCGCAUUGUUGAUACAAAUUCUGACUCAACCCAUUUUAGCUUAAAAACAAUAGACUCUGUAACAUGCUGUAGUAGCGAGUUCCAGAGGUGACUUACUUUGCUUUGGCCAGGUUUAAAUAUUCUAAAUUUUGAAUGCCCUUUUGUGUAGAGGGACUAUUUAAAUGAACAUUCCAUACCACAGAAAUACAGUUACCAACUUGUAGUAAAGAACACUGGAAAUUGGGGAAUAUAAAUUUACCCACUGUGUUAAGACUGCUUAGCAAGGCACUUCAGUGCUGGUUAAAUGAAACUUGUGGUGUAGUAUUUA